AUGAAACGUUACUCCAAUGGUUACACGACGUUCAAUGAUUAUUUUAUGAUGUACCUAGCGAAAUGGAAGCGCGCCGCUGUUGUCUUAUUGUUCGUGUGGAUUGUCGUCACUUAUUUAGUGAUAUCGCCGCUCAGAUGCAAUGGGAACCAAGAUGAGGUAUUAGAAUUCCAGGAGAGAUUAAAAAGGGUGACCGCACAAUUGGAGUCCUUAAGACACCAGCACAGUAAUCUCAUAGCACAGGUUAAAAAGUCUUCCGGGCUUAAUGGAAACCUCAAGGACAUAGACACCGGGUCUCUGUUCUUCGACGGGAUACAGGGGCCUACGGAAGAAUACGAGAAUCUCAGAAGAAGAAUAUACUCAAAUACGAAAGAACUGUAUUACUAUGUGGAACAUGAAUUAGGGAAGUUCAUGCAAGAAGAGAACAAAGAAGAACGAUUACAAGUGAUUCUGGAUCAAGUUAGUGAUAGAAAAAGAUCGCUUCUAUCAGAUCAACAAAGACUCCAAGAGGUAGAUGGUUAUCACGAGUGGCGGAUAGCUGAAGCAGCCAACGUGAGCGACUUGAUUCAAAGACGUCUGAAGCAUCUGCAGAAUCCACCCGACUGUAAAGAAGCGAGAAAAGUUAUAUGUAACUUAAAUAAGGGCUGCGGCUUCGGAUGUCAACUCCACCAUAUUGUGUACUGUCUAAUCUUCGCCUACGCGUCAGAAAGAACUCUGAUCUUAAACUCCAAGGGAUGGCGGUACAAUAACAAAGGAUGGGAGUACGUCUUCCACCCAAUAUCGGAUACCUGUGUUAGCGCUUUUGAUGAUAAAGCUGUCCAAUGGCCAGUGACGUACGACGCAAAAGUGAUCUCCCUCCCGUUCAUAGACUCGAUGGCACAAAGGCCCAAGUUUCUACCGCUCGCUAUACCGAAGGAUUUAGCGCAUAGGAUAGUCCGUUUCAACGGCGACCCAGCGUCCUGGUGGAUAGGGCAGAUGCUUAAAUAUAUACUAAAACCGAAGACCGCCAUGCAAAAAGCUAUCAAUGAUACUAUAGCUAAGAUGAAUUUCAAGACGCCUAUAGUUGGUGUCCACAUUCGACGCACCGACAAAGUAGGGACAGAAGCUGCUUUCCACCACAUACAGGAGUACAUGGCGCACGUCAAAGACUACUACGACCAACUGGACAUGAGCAGAUCCACUGACGCCGUGAGAAGGGUCUACUUAGCUACGGAUGACGCUAAUGUUUUAGAAGACGCACGCGCCAAGUACCCUGACUACACAUUCCUCGGUGACGCGUCCAUAGCAAAAACGGCAGCGACACAUCGCAGGUACACCCCGCUGUCGCUCACCGGACUGUUAGUGGAUCUACACAUGCUGUCUAUGUGUGAUUACCUCGUAUGCACAUUUAGUAGUCAGGUGGGUCGUGUAGCAUACGAGAUGAUGCAGGCGAACCGAGUGGACGCAUCUGACAGUUUCUUCUCCCUGGACGACAUCUACUACUUCGGGGGGCAGAACGCGCACGACCGGGUCGCCGUCAUGGACAACGCAGGGACCAACCAGGAUGUGGUCUUCCUCGUCGGAGACAUGAUUGGUAUCGCGGGUAAUCAUUGGAAUGGUUACGGUCGUGGUACCAACAAGAGAACCAAUGUGAAUGGUUUAAUCCCGUGGUACAAGACAGCGGACCACCUAGUCCUGUACCCAUUCCCAGAGUACAAACACGUGCCGUUGUACGAGCCGCGACAGAAGGACUUAUAG